AUGGAGGAGCAUAGCACUGGGGCGUGCAUGGUCGCAUUGGCCGGAAUCCAUGCCCGCCGACUGGAAGCAUCGAUGGGAACUACCCGCUCCCCCCAAAUUCAAACGCGAGCACAACGGCACCGUCAGGGAGCAGCAUGCCGCAUCGCAGUCGCUCUGCGAUGCCAUAUCAUGCCCGUCAACACACCUGGCAGGGGGAAUCCAGACUCCGCCAGUCCAAUCCGCAUCCCGGGGUUGGCGGAGUUGACAUGA